UAAUAAUUUUUUAGCCUGUUACAGUAGUGAAACCUAGGCUUAAAUGGUAACGGAGUGAAGGGCAAACAUCUUCACAAGCAAGUUGCAGCAAUGGAAAAUAGUGUGUGUGUACGUUCAAGCGAAGGGGUGUACGACUCGCAAGGGGGUGGGUUUGCGCCACAACACCGGCUCCGCUUAGGCCUACGCGGUUCUGCAAAAAUAGUAGGCUACAAGCCAACACGACUAAACAUAUUUAACUACAUGGCUUAACUCUAUAAUAAGUAGGGAUAUCAAAAUAAUUGUAUCCAUAAAAAUAUACCUUUAUCUAGCUAAAUUGUUUUUCAUUUUUCAAUCGUAAAGUAAAGCAAAAACAGAAAGUUUCAACAUAUCAGACCAUAUUCCAAGCAGCGUCUGAAAGUUGUUUACGUCAUUGAAAAUGACAAGCCAAGAGGUAGGUGGGAGGGUGAAGAUCAGGACGCAAAUUCACUUUUCAUUUGUAGCGCAACAGAGCAGGACUUACCGGGGCACAACGGAACAAUAUUUCGGUCUUUUGAUUGAAACCUACUAAAAACCAGCGUAUUUUCUUGUUCAAAUUCUUCAGAAGUUUGGGAUUUAUUUUCAGAAUUUGAACGCCACGUUAGGUAAAAGUUUUGUUCGAAUUAUCGCGAAAAACCUAUAUACUCUAUUUUAUAAUACUAUAUACAGUGAAAAAAAGAUUAUCGUUUGUUUCAACAUUAAUUCAACUCGAAUUUCAAGAAGAAUGUGUACAUUUUUACUGGUAUUUCGUCGCCCAGAAUACGGACCAGGCAUCGAAUUCGUUGGCUGCAUGUGCGGGUCUGGAAAGUGAAAGCUCCAACUCCGCACGCAGAGCUCGUGUAGUUGCUGUGACUGGAUCCGAGAUCACUACGGCACCUUGAGUAGAGAAUAUCUUUCUCUGCUGGACGAGAUGGGUGGAAAUAUCACAAAGCAGGAUGUUCCUGUCUUUUUCCCAGAAUCCCUUUACAGACGCAUGGAAGAUGCUCAGUAUGAGGUCCAAGUCAGAUUCCUGAAUGAGACUAUUCAUGAAAUCUUCAAACUGUUUGAUGAGAAUAUGGAUGCUGUCACCUGGGAAGAGAAGAAGCUGGAUGAUUUUCUCAUCCUUCUCCAUCGUCAGUUUCAAAACCUCAAGUCGUGUGUAUCACCUGCCACAAAGUUUAAGAGACUGAAACGCUUCUUCAAGAAGUUGAAUAAGAAGGUUCUGGUAGAAAUGAACUACAGUGCACAAGCAUGGGAGCUCAUCAGGAAAGAGACAAAAUAUAUUCUAGAAAAAUUGGACCUCCUUGUGGCAACGAUGCACUGAUCAUCCGGACUCAUUGUAGAAGGCUUUAUACGUUACUAGUUUACUGAGCAUGCCAAAAGUGA